AAAUAAACUGUAAACCUGAUCAGAUCUAACAGACAAAUUAUGAUUAUUAGCCUGUUAGAUGACCCCAAAUAUAGCUACAGCAAAAAAUAAUAAUAAUAAAUAAAAAAUUAUUUUUAAAAAGGACUACAAUAGCCUCCAAGUAGCCUAUAAUUCCUCUCUCGCUCUCUCCAGUGCGCAGGUGGGGAUGGGUGAAUUCUCAGUUUGAAGUCUCUUCCUCAUUUCAGCGGACUAUAUAGGCUACAGCAGCAGCGUCUGUCAGAGCAUCAGAGCUCAGUCCCAUCAAUCGGUGCAGUUUUGAGAAAUCGUUCCACCUGCAUGGCUUUAUUCCACUCCAAGCAAUGCACGUGUCCAAAACAAUGACCUGUUGUUAUUUUUGGCACUGUUCUUUGCGCUGAACGACUAAAGACCCAUGAGCAUCUUCUCAGGGAACGGACUGACUGGCGUAGCGCAGGACGGGAUGGCAUCACAACAGCGCGUUUAGUAGGCUAGUUGAGGGAAAUGGGAAGUUUAAGCGUCCGUGGACUGCGGCUACCGAAUAAUAAACACGCGAGGAGAGGCUUUAAUGGAAGUUUUAAAAGUAAUGUUUUGCAAUUAUACAAUAUUCUUCUCUGAAUGAACUGCUCUGUUUGUGGCGGACUGUUAGUUCUUUACAUUAAGCAGCGCUGGUUCUUCGGGCACAAUGAAAUCCAUCUUCUACUCUCGCUUUUUCAUCCUUCUUCCGUGGAUCUUGAUAGUGAUCAUCGUGAUCGACAUCGAUACGAAGAGAUUGUCUGUUCGGAACACGGCCAGCUUCUAUUUGUCUCGGCUGGGAAACGUUCAGCAGCGGCAGGUCGUCAGGACGACUCGGACCAGCAGCAGCACCAGCAGUGGGAGUAACACCUCAUCUCCCCCGGUUAUUUAUGCCAUCACUCCCACUUACAGCCGAGUGGUGCAGAAAGCUGAGCUCACCCGCUUGGCCAAUACGUUCCGCCAGGUUCCGCAUUUCCACUGGGUCGUGGUGGAGGACUCGAACUCCCACACGGAGCUGGUUUCGCGGUUUCUUGCCCGGUCUGGGGUGCGAUACACCCAUCUGAACGUGCUCACCCCGCGCAGGUUCAAGCGGACGGGGAUGCCGCGAGCGACCGAGCAAAGGAACUUAGCGCUCGGCUGGCUCAGAGGACGUCGCGCGUCCAAAGAUAAAGGAGUCGUUUUCUUCGCGGAUGAUGAUAACAGUUACAGCCUUGAGUUAUUUGAAGAGAUGCGGUCAACCCGGAAAGUGUCAGUGUGGCCAGUGGGACUCGUUGGAGGCCGGAGGUACGAGCGUCCCCUGGUGAAAAAUGGGAAAGUGGUCGGCUGGUACACAGGCUGGAAAGCUGACAGGCCGUUUGCAAUUGACAUGGCUGGGUUUGCAGUGAACCUGCAGGUGAUCCUGUCAAACCCACGUGCCCUGUUCAAGAGGAGAGGAGCCAAACCAGGGAUGCAAGAAUCAGAUUUCCUCAAACAGAUCACCAAGGUGGAGGACUUGGAGCCAAAGGCCCAGAACUGUACCCAAGUCCUGGUCUGGCAUACCCGGACAGAGAAGGUCAACCUGGGAAAUGAAACAAAGCGGCAACAGGAUUCGAUUUUUAUAGAGGUCUAGAGACACUGCACUAGGACUGUCAUGACACUGGAUGGAGGCUCGCCAUUGCUGGCACUUUGCCGCCUUUGAACUUAAGGAUACCUGCUCUGGCGGAAAAGGCAAGCCAAGCCAUCUCGGGUUUCUGGAUUCUCUACUGACACACUGUCUCUAUCUACUGGAGCUUCACACUGUGGCGUCACACUGGAUUACCUGUAACGUGGUGGAGAAGAAACCAUGGAUAAGGGGUUUUCAAAUGGCAAAACCCUGAUCACUUUCCCUUUCAGGGUUUCUGCAGGUUUCACAAAGUCAAAUCUAAGACCUUUUUAAGACCAUUAUGAAUGACAUUUAAACAAACAAAACAAAACAAAACAAAAACAGUACAAAGGAAACAGAGUCUCAAAAUUAUUCGCAAAGUCAUUUAAUUUUAUUCAAACUGAACAUUCGUCGAAAAUCUGCACGAACGGUUCAGAGAUUUUGGAAAUUAGUUCUGUUUCUGUUUUUAUAAAAUCCCCUAUUCCAAAGCGCGUAAUGUUGGCCGUUUUAUCUUUCCCGCACCUGAAGGAUUUAACGAUGUUUCAGUCCGAAAACAUUGUUUGAAACAAUUUAGAACUGGUGUUGUCACCGUGUGGAGAACCCAGAGCUCCUCUGCUUUUAGUGUU